UUGCUUUCAGCUCAUUGUGUUUCAACCAAGACGUUCUUUAAGGUUACAACGUCGUGGUUUCUUGCGAUACUAGUUCCACUUAGCCUUUUGGUACCAAAGAUAACGGAUCCAUGUGAAGAUGAGGCUGAGCGCUCCGAUACUCCCAUGGUCACAGCUGAGAUGCUCACCAAAUUCAUCAAUUUCUCGUUUAGUCAAGGACGUCUAGGCUUGGGUCCGCAUCGAGAUUACUACUUAGACAGGGAAAAGUAUAGGGUUAAGAUUGCUGCUUAUAAAGAGCUACUUAUCAGAUUGGUUAAACUAAUCCACGACGACGCCAAUGUUUCUAUAAAAGAGGAACAAAUUGCAUACGAUGUGGAAGCGAUCAUUGACUUCGAAAGCAAACUGGCGAAAAUCGUAGUAGCUACUGAAGAUCUAAGCAAUUUCACUGAAAUGUACAAUCUGAGACGUCUUAGUGAUAUGCAAACACUCAUGCCUCUGGUUAACUGGACCAGUUACUUUUAUUCCGUCACUCCACCAUCCAUCCACAACUACCUAGCUGCAGAUCCACAAAUACUCAUUGCAGAAAUCGACUACAUGGGGAGGUGCCGUCAAUCUUGGAGUUUUCUUGAAGUUUGCAAAUCACAAUUCGAUUUCAGGCUCACCACUCUACUCAACUUCACAGAUCCUGUGACUAUCACAAACUACGUUUACACUCGCUAUACUCUCACCUGGGGUGGCGAACUUGGAGAGCAAUAUGAAGGAGUUGCCAAGGAGUUCCACUACCUCAUGUUCGGGCAAAGGGAAACAACUCCUUUGUGGAAAAGAUGUGUAGGUGGUGCUAUGGCGCGAAUGCAAUAUGCUUCCGGUGCAUUAUACGUUAGGAAAGCAUUUAAUGAGGAAACCAAAUAUGCGGCAAUGGAGAUGGUCGUCAAUCUGCAAGAGGCAUUCAACGACAUUCUGCUCGAGAACGACUGGCUUGGCAACACUACGAAAGCGGUCAGUGGAGAAUCUUUUCAGAAAAAAAGAGUAUUGAAAUCAACUCAAGCUGCGCUCGAUAAAGCAAGCCAGAUGCUGCUACAAAUCGGAUAUCCAGAUUUCAUCCUUGAUGACGAGAAGCUGGACAGAUACUACAGUGAGAUGCUGGAAAAGUUGAAUCGAUGGAAAAGUGACUUCGACUUUAAACGUCUCAUAAAGCCGGUCAAUAGGAAUGAAUUUGAUUUCAACCCUGCAAGCGUGAACGCCUUCUAUAAUCCGCACACAAAUUCUAUUAAGUUCCCAGCAGGCAUCCUUCAAGAGCCCUUUUUCCACGAAGCUUCUCCAAAAGCGCUGAACUAUGGAGGAAUUGGAGUGCGGGCGCAAUGCAUCAUUGACCAGUACAGCAAGAUAAAGGUUCCCGAAACUGGCCAAUAUCUGAAUGGCAAGCUAACACAAGGAGAAAAUAUUGCCGAUAACGGUGGAGUAAAGGUAGCAUUCAAGAAAUAUGGAGAAGAAAAACGCAUUAAAGGACUUGAACAGUUCAGUAACGAGCAAAUGUUCUUUAUCGGAUACGGCACGAUUUGGUGUGCUCAUGCAACGAGAGACUAUUCGUGGGCAAGCAUUCUAACUGAUUCACAUGCUCCUCAGAAAUAUCGUGUAAAUCGAGUGCUGGCUAAUCGACCAGAAUUCGCCGCUGCAUUUAACUGUGCUGUCGGCACACCAAUGAACCCGACGGAUCGGUGUGCCAUUUGGUAG